AUAUCGACUUUGGCGUCAGAUUCGGGCCGACUGUCGAAUAAUAUAGUAUGUUCCAAUUGAUAGAAGGAGUACGGGCCCGGCGAGGUCGUUGGCUACAGAUUUUUUCUGUUGUGACAACCCUGCAGUCCAAGUGGAAGCGACGGUGGCGGUGACGCACGGCCACAGCAUGGACGACAAAGUGUCAGGAUGCUCACAGCAGGCUGUUGUCGAAUUUCGUGAUUCUAUAGCUCAAUUUUCCUGCAAAAUCGAGUCCCCGAGUCCGGUUCCCGUCCUUCAACCAUUCCUGCACUUUGAUCAAAGUCUCGACGAGAAAGAUCAUGUCCGCAACAGAUUGUCCACUUCGCCGCCAAAAAAGAAGCUGAAACGGGGUGUUGCACCCCCAGAGACUUACGCACACCUAAAUCUCCUCCCAGACCAUCUUCAGCUACAUCUUGAUAUUGUCUUCUGCGGCAUCAAUCCAGGCCAGAAGUCGGCCGAGAUUGGGCAUCAUUUUGGACAUCCGACAAACCACUUCUGGACUGGUCUACAUGCAGGAGGGUUAACAUCCUCUAAGCUCCCUCCUACCGAGGAUUACACAUUACCCGAACUAUACAACAUUGGACUAACGAACCUUGUCGACAGACCAACAGCCGAGCAAAGCGAGCUGUCGAAUGCGGAAAUGCGCGCAGCCGUUCCCGCAUUUCUGGCCAAGAUUGCUCGAUACCGGCCCCGCAUUGUCUGCUUCGUUGGAUUAAGUAUCGCAAGUACGGUCCAAUAUUGUGCCCUUCCGAAGAAGAACAGAGCCGCAAAACUAACGCCGGGUCUAAUGUGCUUCAAACUGGUCUACCCGAAACAAGAAGACACGAAGGAUGUAACCUCUGUUUCCGAGACCUUAUUUUUUGCCAUGCCUAGCACUUCUGCGAGGGUGACUCAGUACCAGGCGAACGAAAAGAUUGAAAUUUUCGCUGAUCUGAAAAGAUGCCUAUGCCAAGUCAAAACGUCGAGUUUGGAAUCUGGUUGUAUGGUCGCAAUCGAGCCGAAAUAGUUUUCCACAAACGAACCCUGGAACUGGCUUCUGCU